AUGAAUUACUCUUUCUUAUCUACACGAGAAACUUUUGAACUUCCAGAGUUCAAUCUAUCUUGUGGUAUCGAACAAUCACCGACUUUAUCAGCUCUAGUCUCAUCUUUUAGAUCAUAUGAAGAUAGUGAGCUACCUCACAAAGAAGGAUGGCUCAAAAAAAAGUCACCAAAGGUACUCAAAGGAUGGCAGUCUAGAUAUUUUGUGCUAUCAAACAAAGUUUUAUGUCUUUUUAUCAUAAAUAGAGGCAUAUCUGGCUGCCAGUUCUUAUUUAUAGAAAAAUAAAAUAGUAGGCAGCAAUGCAUGCAAAAUUCAUUGUAUAAAGGUAUAUCAUACUAUUCUGACGAAAAUAAAGAAAAUCCUCUAGGGCUAUUAAACUUUGACCAGAUUUCGGUAAAAAUCAUAAUAAAGCCAAAAAUUUGCCCAACUAAUCUGCUAAUUAUGCCUUUAGGGAGCAAGCGUGUGUUUCAUCUAAAAUCUAAAUAUACCGCAGAAAUUUCAUCAUGAGCCAGAGCAUUGCAAGUUCACAUCGAUGACUCUUUAGGCAAGCAAGAAGACUUGCCUAACCUUUCUGAGACAACUAAAUUUUGAAAAUAUAACAGAGUAUCUCAAGGAGUCUUUCUAAAUGACGUUUCAACUGGCGAUAUUUUACUAUUCCGAAGCAAAUUAUUUGCAUCAAAGCUCCAGCGAUGUGCUACAAGAAGUGAUUAUGAUCAUGUAGCAAUGAUUCUAAAAUAUGAAGAUGGAGAAAUUGGCUUUCUUGAAGCAACGCUUCAAGAAGGAGUAAAUAUUACCUUAUGAGAUACCUACUGGAUGGACAAUUGGCAUACUCUAUAUAAAAGAAUAGCAUAUAGAAACUUAGAAAUAGAACGAUCAGAAACUACCUUAAAAAAAUUAGAGAAUUUCCUAAAUGGUGCUAUUGGGAAAAGAUUCAAAAUUUCCCUCGGUAAAUUAGUACAUAAAUAUCAAUAUAAAGAGCCAGGUACAGAAAAACACUUUUUUUGCAGCGAACUUAUCGCAUCGACAUAUAAAGCUAUGGGAUUGUUGCCAACCCAUAUUUCAUCAUCUAGUUAUUGGCCUGGAGACUUUUCAGCUGCCCACAAGCUUAAGCUUCUAAAAGGAAGCUUAGGCCCUGAAAAAGUCAUAGAUAUGUCUUUAUAA